UCUUGUGUCUGGGAAUCAGCACAGUCCACUUCACUUAUGAUGUCUUUGUUAACUCCACAUAACCCAGUUAUGGCUGGUGACUCUAGGAACGCUAUGAACCAGGACAUGGAGAUUGGAGUCACUCCCUGGGACCCCAAGAAGAUUCCCAAACAGGCCCGUGAUUAUAUCCCCAUUGCCACAGACCGCACCCGUCUGCUGGCAGAAGGCAAGAAGCCCCGGCAGCGCUACAUGGAGAAGAGCGGCAAGUGCAAUGUGCACCACGGCAACGUCCAGGAAACCUACCGGUACCUGAGCGACCUCUUUACCACCCUGGUGGACCUCAAAUGGCGCUUCAAUCUGCUUGUCUUCACCAUGGUCUACACCAUCACAUGGUUGUUCUUUGGUUUCAUCUGGUGGCUCAUUGCUUAUAUCCGGGGUGAUCUGGACCAUGUAGGUGACCAAGAGUGGAUCCCUUGUGUUGAAAACCUCAGUGGUUUUGUGUCUGCUUUCCUGUUCUCCAUUGAGACUGAAACAACCAUCGGGUACGGCUUCCGAGUCAUCACAGAGAAGUGUCCAGAGGGGAUCAUACUCCUCCUGGUGCAGGCCAUCCUGGGCUCCAUCGUCAAUGCCUUCAUGGUGGGCUGCAUGUUUGUCAAGAUCAGCCAGCCAAAGAAGAGAGCCGAGACCCUCAUGUUUUCCAACAAUGCGGUCAUCUCCAUGCGGGACGAGAAGCUGUGCCUCAUGUUCCGAGUGGGGGACCUCCGCAACUCCCACAUUGUCGAGGCCUCCAUCCGCGCCAAGCUCAUCAAGUCACGCCAGACCAAAGAGGGGGAGUUCAUCCCCCUGAACCAGACUGACAUCAACGUGGGCUUCGACACUGGCGAUGACCGUCUCUUCCUGGUGUCUCCACUCAUCAUCUCACAUGAGAUCAAUGAGAAGAGCCCUUUCUGGGAGAUGUCUCGGGCUCAGCUGGAUCAGGAGGAGUUUGAAGUCGUGGUCAUUCUAGAAGGGAUGGUGGAAGCAACAGGCAUGACUUGCCAAGCACGAAGCUCUUACAUGGAUACAGAGGUGCUCUGGGGCCAUCGAUUCACACCAGUCCUCACUCUGGAAAAGGGCUUCUAUGAGGUGGACUACAACACCUUCCAUGACACCUAUGAGACCAACACACCCAGCUGCUGUGCCAAAGAACUGGCAGAAAUGAAACGGGAAGGCCGGCUCCACCAGUACCUCCCUAGCCCUCCCCUAGUAGGGGGCCAUGCUGAGACAGGGGAGGAUGUGGACGCUGAGCAGGAAGAAGAGGACAAGCCUGUUGGGCUGAGUGUGUCCCAGGAGACCAGGGGCUCAGUGUGA